CAUAUGGAGGAUGAAUCUCAUCCUUCUCAAGCAGUCGGUGAGAAGGUCUUGGAGGCAUCAUUAUUGUCAGCCCUGAAGAUGCUGGAUGUUGGAAAAUGGCCAAUUUUUUCUCUCUGUUCCCAAGAAGAGCUGAAGUUAAUUCGUCAAGCCUGUGUAUUUGGCAGUGCUGGGAAUGAAGUGUUGUAUGCAACUGAAAAUGAUGAGGUUUUUGUGCUUGGCAUGAACUGCAGUGGGUGUUUGGGAACAGGUGACAUGCAAAGCACUAUUGAACCAAGGAGGCUAGACUCCCUUUGUGGCAAAAAGAUAGCCUGUCUGAGUUAUGGAAGUGGCCCUCAUGUGGUUCUUGCUACAGAAGAAGGAGAAGUGUAUACAUGGGGUCAUAAUGCUUAUAGUCAGUUGGGCAAUGGCACAACAAAUCAUGGUUUCAUUCCCUGUCAAGUCUCUACUAACUUGGUGAACAAGAAAGUCAUUGAAGUUGCCUGUGGCUCUCAUCAUUCUAUGGUGUUAACAUCUGAUGGAGAGGUAUACACAUGGGGUUAUAAUAACUCAGGCCAAGUUGGAUCUGGUUCAACAGCUAAUCAGUCAAUUCCUCGAAGAGUUACUAGCUGCCUACAAAAUAAAAUAGUAGUUAAUAUAGCUUGUGGACAGAUGUGCUCUAUGGCUGUGGUGGAGAAUGGAGAGGUCUAUGUCUGGGGUUACAAUGGCAAUGGCCAGCUUGGACUGGGCAGCAGCGGCAACCAGCCAACACCCUGCCGAAUAGCAGCUUUGCAAGGCAUUCGUGUACAGCGGGUUGCCUGUGGCUAUGCACAUACAUUAGUGCUAACAGAUGAAGGCCAGGUUUAUGCCUGGGGAGCCAAUUCAUAUGGCCAAUUAGGUAUUGGGAAUAAAAGUAACCAGUCUUACCCUACAACAGUUAUUGUGGAUAAGGACAGGGUUGUGGAGAUAGCAGCCUGCCACUCUGCUCACACGUCAGCUGCCAAGACCCAGAGUGGCCAGGUGUACAUGUGGGGCCAGUGCCGUGGGCAGUCGGUGAUCCUGCCCCACCUCACUCACUUUGCCUGCACCGACGAUGUGUUUGCUUGCUUUGCUACCCCUGCUGUUAUGUGGCGUCUUCUGUCAGUAGAGCCUGAUGACCAUCUAACAGUAGCCCAGUCACUAAAGAAGGAAUUUGACAACCCUGAAACUGCAGACCUGAAGUUUCUAGUGGAUGGAAAAUUCAUUCAUGUUCAUAAAGUUCUUCUCAAAAUUAGGUGUGAACAUUUCCGUUCCACACUGAACAACGAUGUUGAAGUCAUAGAAAUGAGUGCAUUUUCUUACCCUGUUUACCGAGCGUUCCUGGAAUACCUGUACACAGACAACGUUAGGCUCCCUCCUGAGGAUGCAAUAGGACUGCUAGAUUUGGCAACGUUGUAUAGAGAAAACAGACUGAAAAAGCUUUGCCAGCAAACGAUCAAACAAGGCAUUUGUGAAGAGAAUGCCAUUGCUCUUCUUUCUGCUGCUGUCAAAUAUGAAGCUCAGGACUUGGAAGAAUUUUGCUUCAGAUUUUGCAUAAACCAUUUAACUGUUGUUACACAAACUCAAGGCUUUGCAGAAAUGGACCAUGACCUCCUGAAGAACUUCAUUAGCAAAGCAAGCAGAGUGGGAGCAUUCCGAAAUUGA